UCGGAAACCAGACUUCCGUGAUGAUGAUGAUGAAGAUGGAGAUGACGAACCCAACCCUGAUCCUGCUCACGAUACACCGGACAAGAGCGAGGAGGAUCGAGUCAGUAUCAAACACCUCAUCCAUCUACCGAAUGGACAGAAAAAGUGUCAUGUGUGCGGAAAAGUGUUCACGGACCAGAGCAGGGUGAAGAGACACUUGAUGUCCCACUCCGGAAAGAAACCGUUCUCCUGCCACCUGUGUGGUUGGGGGUUCUACCAGAAGUGUAACAUGGACAGGCAUAUGGCGAGCCACACAAAGGAGGGAGAAGGUGAGCCGUGUCCUCACUGUAACAACUGGUUCACCACCAAAUCCGUUCUCUCCCUCCACAUGCGGGACGCACACAACGACCGUCUCCUCACCAAGAAGGAGGUCGAGGUCACAAUGAACAGGAUGCGCCGCCAGAUGGAGGAACAACGGAAGAAAGUAGAGCGUGAGAAGGAGGAGCGUCGGAUCCAUGAGAGAAUGAAGCUUCAGAGACAGCAGAGAGAGCAGCACAUGGCGCUUCUUAGGUUUCACAGGGAGCAGCAGCAGCAGCAGAUGAAGGAGAAAGCAGCAGCUGUUGCUCAGGGGGUGCUAGGAGGGGUGGAGAAGGCAUUCUCUUUCCAGCAACAUAAUCAGGAGGAUAUGUUGAGACAAAUGAGCAGAAUGAAGAAUUUAACCUGUAAUCUCUGUGGGAAAACAUUUGUGAAGAAAACAAACUUAAAACAUCACAUGAUGCUCCACAGGGGAGAAAAACCGUGGAAAUGUAACAUCUGUGAAUGGAGAUUUGUUCAGAAAUGCAAUUUGAAAAAGCACAUGGAAUCUCACAUAACUGGAUUGUUCUCCUGUCCUGUCUGUGAUAUCCGGUUCUCAAGCAAGGCCAGUUCAUCGACUCAUCUCUUCAGGGCUCACAAGGGCGAGCUUCCUGAAGGAUUUAUGGAGAUGAAAGAUGAAGAAGAAAGUGAAAUCCCUCCUCCUAAACUCAAUGAUCAAGAUAAACCUGUGACGAACAACUGGUGGAAACAGUUGGAUAUGAAUUCAUCCCAACCCAAACCAGCUAACUCUCUACAAUCCAACCUGCAGGAGGCCCUCACUGGAUCCAAUCUUAAAGCUGCGCUCUCCGGAUCCAAACCCAAACCUGGAGGGAUCGGAUCCAAUCUUCAAGCGGCGCUAACUGGAUCCAAUCUUAAAGCUUUCCGUGGCUCGAACCUGCAGGCUGCAUUGAGUGGUUCUAAUCUCCAGGCAGCUCUAAGCAUGCCGAAAAAAAACAUGGCGGAUAUGUCACAGCAAGUGACGCAACCGAUGACUUGUAACAAAUGCGGGAAAAUGUUUCUGACCAAGGAGCAUUUGGAGAAACAUAUGUUGGUGCAUAACGCAGGUGUGAAGCCAUACGCCUGUCCUGUAUGCGGAUGCAGGUUUCAUCUUCUUCACAACAUGAAGCGUCAUAUCCUGACUCAUGAACAUCAGGGAGAUAUUGAACAGGGGACUGCGGAGGGUCUGAUCAAAGCUGCUGAGUCCACUGCAACCCAGACCAGUUCAGUUGGAAGACCCGGUCCGUCGGGGUUCUUGGGUAAACUUAGUGGUGGUUCCCUUGAUAUAGAGGGUAAAGUGAAGUGUAUUGUGUGCAUGAAGUGGUUCAGCACCGCGGCCAGCUUAGCAGCGCACAUGGAGGUCCACGACAAGGAAAAACCCUUCUCCUGCUCUAUCUGCGGUUGGAGGUUUAAACAACAUCAGAACCUCAAGCGUCACAUGCACACACACACAGGGGUCAAACCGUACGCAUGCGACUUCUGCGUCAAAGGAUAUACAGAUGCGUACAGUUUGAAGAUGCACGUGUGUCGGGCACACCCUGAAGUAGCAAGCAGUUUACCUUCUAUGCAGAUUACUCCAAGACCAAAGCAGACGGAACAGGUGGAUGAUGAAGGAUUUAACAGUAUGCUAAAUCAGAUGAAAAGGAAAGAGGGGGGAAAUAACAUCAAAUUAGAGGAUCUCAGUUUUGAAGAGUUGGAAGUGGAGAACGACGAUUCUUUGACGAUGGAGCCGGACAUAAACCUGUUCACUCCGGAGGAGGAGAUGGUCAUUGACGAGGACGAAGAAUUCGAAAUCCAAGACGAGGAUCCUCAAAAGGAGAGUUUAGAGAUCAAAAGGAUGAGCGAGAAGGUUUCCGGACAGGAGAAGAGUAAAGUUGAAUCGACAGACAAGGAUAUCCAGGAGAUCAUGGAUAUGGAGGACGACGAGGAGGAGGAGGUCGAAGAGAUUGAUCAGGAAACUGAGGAGAUUGAUCAAGAGGUCGAGGAGGUUGAUGAGAUAGAUCAAGAGGUCGAGGAGGCAGAAGAUAUUAGCCACGAGGUCGUUGAAGAUAUUGUCCGGGAAGAUUUGAACGAAAUUGAGAUUGAAGAAAAUGAGGAGAUUGAAGAAGAUGAUCUUGAUGAAAUUGAAAUAGAUGAGGAGGAAAUUGAAGAACUUCAAGAAAUUCAAGAACUAGAUCUAAACAUCAAACAUCAGGAGGAGAAAAGUAAGGAAGAAUUGAAAGUAGACAACGCCUUCAAUAAACUUGAUAAAGAAACUGUAAGUGCGAAAGAAGUAUCUAGCAGUGAACUUGAAAAGAACUCGGAAAACGAAAUGGAACGUUGUACGGAAGAUGCAUUAAAAGAUACAUUAGUGAAAGACAGUGAGAUUAUUGAGGAAUUUGAGGAAGAAGAGAUCAAGAAUUAUAUACGCCCAGAACAGGAGGAGACUAAUAACAUAGAGGCAGAGAAACAGGAAGCUGAUGAAAUCUCACCCGAAGUCGAAGAUGAUUCAGCUAAAAUUGAUAAAUCAGAAAAAAUAUUAUCUGACGCCAGCAAAUCCGCGAACUCCACGGAUGAUUCAGUUAAAACUGAUAAAUCAGAAAAAAUAUUAGCUGACCCAAGUAAAUCCAGGAACGCAGAUAAUUCCGAAGAAGCUGAUGAAUCAGAAAAGAUGUCGGCUGACACAGACAAAUCAGGGAAAGUUGAAACUAUUCCUGAAUUAGAUAUUGAUGAAACCUUCCAUGAUCCAAUCCUUGAACAAGUGAGCAGUGCUCGUGAGAGUCUAGCCGACGAGGAUGAAAAAAGUGAGAUCUUGUAGGUUAAAUCAACAAGAAUAAAUUUUCCCGCAAAAUACUCGUAAAGCACUUAAUGUAAACUGAGUUAUUAAGAAGUAAUAAAAACUCAAGCAUGCAGACUAACUUUACAAAAAAAAAUUGUUUCUGCAAAAUUUGAGCAAUUCCAUUAAAAUUUUAUUUCAAAUUUGUUACCAUAUAGCGUAGAUUGUUUGUAAUUUUAUAAAUCAUGUCUUUGUAAUUAAUACUAAAGUGCUUGUUAAGUGAGAUAAAUAAAAAACAAUCAUAGUUAA